AUGUCGUAUGUUCCUCCACACUUGAGAAACGCGAGCUCAACCGCGGUGGCCACCACCACCACCAGACCUUUAUCAUCAACCGGAACCCUAGACAACAACCACCACCACCACCACAACAACACCAACCUCGCAUUCUCUUCCUCAUACUCUCACUCUCACCCCAACUAUUCUUCUCUCUCCAAUGGCACUCGCCGCACCUCCGCCGCACCUCCGCCAUCUCGGAUUAUCACCGUCCCUGAUACUGUCUUCCCUAACUGGCAACCUUCUGAACGCGUUUCCCGCAUGAACCCCGACCAGAUUGAAGAGGUCCGCAUACGGCUUAAUCUUGAUGUUACUGUUUCGUCUGACUCUCCUGCUGCACCUGGACCUAUAGAAUCGUUUAAUGAUAUGUGUUUGCAUCCACGUAUCAUGAAGGAUAUUGCUUAUCAUGAAUACACCAGGCCAACUUCCAUCCAGGCACAGGCCAUGCCUAUUGCUCUCAGUGGAAGGGAUCUUUUGGGUUGUGCUGAAACUGGUAGUGGGAAGACCGCAGCUUUCACCAUUCCUAUGAUACAGCAUUGCUUGGUCCAACCUCCAAUUCGGCGUGGAGAUGGUCCCCUGGCAUUAGUUUUGGCUCCUACUAGAGAACUUGCUCAACAAAUAGAAAAAGAGGUCCAAGCAUUUAGCAGAUCUCUUGAGUCAUUAAAAACUGCCAUAGUUGUUGGUGGAACUAACAUUGAAAAGCAGAGGUCUGAACUAAGAGCAGGAGUUGAAAUAGCAGUUGCCACCCCUGGAAGAUUCAUUGACCACUUACAACAAGGCAACACUUCCCUCUCUAGAAUUUCUUAUGUUGUUCUAGACGAGGCAGAUAGAAUGCUUGAUAUGGGGUUUGAACCACAAAUAAGGGAGAUCAUGAGAAGUCUUCCAGAGAAGCAUCAAACACUGCUGUUUAGUGCAACAAUGCCCGUGGAGAUCGAAGCAUUAGCAAAGGAGUACUUAGCUAACCCAGUUCAAGUUAAGGUGGGAAAAGUGAGCAGCCCAACAACUAAUGUUUCACAAACUCUUGUAAAGGUUUCUGAAAGUGAGAAGAUUGACCGACUCCUAGAUUUGCUUGUAGAAGAGGCAUCACAAGCUGAAAAGUGUGGUCAUCCAUUUCCAUUGACUAUUGUGUUUGUUGAGAGAAAGACAAGGUGCGAUGAAGUGGCUGAAGCAUUGGUUGCUCAAGGAUUAUCUGCAGUUUCUCUGCAUGGUGGUCGCAGUCAGAAUGAAAGAGAGGCUGCAUUACAAAAUUUUCGGAGCAGCUCCACCAGCAUUUUGGUUGCCACUGACGUUGCAUCACGGGGCUUGGAUGUCACAGGAGUGUCACACGUCAUCAAUCUUGACCUUCCAAAGACCACAGAAGAUUAUAUACACCGGAUUGGAAGGACCGGGCGUGCAGGAUCAACUGGCAUAGCCACUUCAUUUUACACUGACCGUGAUAUGUUUCUUGUGACAAAUAUAAGGAAAGCAAUAGCUGAUGCUGAAUCUGGGAAUGGUGUGGCAUUUGCUACCGGAAAGGUUGCCAGAAGGAAGGAGAAAGAAGCAGCAGCUGCACACAAAGAAGCAAAUAUUGCUUUAUCUAGACACCUUGGAUUGGGAGCUGCAUCAAUUAACAUCGAAGAUAAGUACAGAUUCAUGAUUGCUGCCUCAAACAGUAGAGGAGAAGGUGCAGCAGAUAGUGCAUGGGACGAUUGA